CUGCCCUGGCAGCCCCGCUACAAUGGCCGCGGCGUGCCUGGUAAAGGGAAGAGUCGGAACGGCGGUCCCGCCGACAGCCUCAGUUGCUCGUUCUGUAACAAGCAGCAGGGUGCGGUCGGCAAGCUGAUCGCCGGACCUGACCGAAUUUUCAUCUGCGAUGAAUGCGUCGCGAUCUGCAACGACAUCAUCGCGGACAAGGGCAAGGCCACGACUCAGGGGGCGGACAGCAAACGCCACCUCACGCCGAGCGAAAUCAAGAACCGCCUCGACGAGUACGUGGUCGGCCAGGAAGAGGCGAAGAAGAAGCUGGCGGUCGCGGUGUACAACCACUACAAACGGAUUCGGCUCACCCGCAACACCCCGCAAGAGGCCGAAGCCGUAGAACUGAGCAAGAGCAAUGUGCUCCUGCUCGGGGAGACCGGUACCGGCAAGACGCUGCUCGCUCAGACGCUUGCACGCAUCCUGGACGUGCCCUUCACGAUCGUGGACGCCACCACGCUCACCGAGGCGGGAUAUGUCGGGGAAGACGUAGAGAACAUCAUCCUGAAACUGCUCCAGGCUGCGGACGGAGACAUCUCCCGCGCCCAGGAGGGCAUCAUCUACGUGGACGAGAUCGACAAGGUCUGCCGCAAGGACGAAAACCCUUCGAUUACCCGGGAUGUCUCGGGAGAGGGGGUUCAGCAGGCGCUCCUGAAGAUCGUCGAAGGAACGCUUGCCAGCGUUCCACCGCAGGGGGGACGCAAGCAUCCCCACCAGGAGUUCCAUCAUGUGGACACCACGAACAUCCUGUUCAUCUGCGGCGGCGCUUUCGUGGGUCUUGAAUCCAUCAUCGAGCGCCGCGUCGGAACCAAGGCACUCGGCUUCGCGGCCGAGGUGCCGGAAAGCGCCAAGGCCCGGCGAGAGGCCACCCUCGAUCAGCAGCGACCCUCGGAUCUGAUCCGCUACGGACUGAUUCCCGAAUUCGUUGGUCGGAUGCCCGUUGUCGCGACCCUUCACAGUCUCGGCAAGGCGGAGCUGAUCCGGAUCAUGACCGAGCCGAGGAACGCUAUCGUGAAGCAGUAUCAGACGCUUCUGCGCGACGAGGAAGUCGAGUUGACGUUCACCGCCGAGGCUCUCGACGCUAUUGCCGCCCAGGCCUCCGAGCGCGACCUCGGGGCUCGAGGCCUCCGAAUGAUCAUCGAGAAUCUGAUGCUGGAUCUCAUGUAUGACCUCCCCUCCCGAAAGCAGGUGCGUGAGGUCGUGAUCACCAGGGAAUUCGCCACCGGACAGGCUGAUCCGGUGACCGUUCUUUCCCAAAAGGCCGGCUGA